GGCUUCGAUUGUAGAGUGAUAGUUGAAGCAUGGAAAGGAAGAUACGAUGCCUGUAUAACGUAAGAACUAAUAAGGAGCACUCCAGGUCUUAGUUCGUUCGUGGCAACUUUAAUAGUCAAUCCGAUUCCUCCGUUCUGUGCAGCCAAAAUUGCAAAAGAGGAUGGACUCCUGACCAGCUGAUCUACCUGCACUGAACUGUGUACUCCUUCUGAAUACAAUUUUAUCCUGCUAUGCGGCGGGACGUUAUGUCCGAGCUUCACCUCAAUGACAAAAUAACAUUCUUCUGAACGAACUGGGCUUGCUCGAAACUAUUCACGUGGCUGUUCUUGCGGCAUUCUACGGGUGUUCUCCCGGAUGUUAUCCCACAGGCAAUAGGGUUGUGUCUUCUCUAUUCCGGAAGGUUCACUUGAGCCUUCAUCCGCUCUCACCCAUUGUACUCUCUCAAGUCUCAUAUUACCCUCCGAGCAGUUGGCUUAUCAGCCAUGGUGAAGAUUGACGAGGUAGACAUCAUUGUCUGCGGUGGAGGCCCUGCUGGAUGCGUCGUUGCAGGACGCCUGGCGUAUGCCGAUCCUUCACUUCAGGUCUUGUUGAUCGAAGGUGGAAACAAUAACAGAGAUAAUCCAUGGGUUUACCGCCCAGCUGUUUAUGCGAAGCAUAUGCAGUAUGACGGAAUAAACGACGUGGCCACUUUCUAUACUGACACACUUCAGUCACCCCAUCUCCGCGGUCGUCAGGUUACCGUCCCCGUUGCGAAUAUUCUCGGUGGUGGGAGUAGUAUUAACUUUAUGAUCGAAAACUAUCAGAAGCCAUGCAACAAUGAUACUCACGGCUAUGACGGACCGAUCGCGAUCAGUAACGGCGGCCAGAUCAACCCUCUUGCGCACGAUUUUAUUCGUGCUGCGGAUGCAGUUGGAGUUCCGUUCACUGAUUUGAACACCCCCAAUGCUUCGGAAGUCUGGGCAAAAUACAUCAAUAGGCAGACUGGAAGACGAAGUGAUGCCGCAACCGCCUAUGUCCAUAGUGUCAUGGAUGUACAGGCUAAUCUUCAUCUCCGAACAAACUCAAAAGUCUCCAGAGUUAUCUUUGAGGGCAACAAAGCUGUUGGGGUCGCCUAUGUUCACGCCAGCAAUCGCGCUCACAAGGGUGAAGUUCGGGAGACGAUCGUCCGUGCAAGGAAGAUGGUUGUAUUGAGUUCCGGCUCUCUCGGAACGCCUCAGAUUCUCGAGCGCUCUGGCGUUGGCAACUCCAAAGUUCUCAAGGACCUGGACGUCAAGAUUGUGAGCGACCUCCAGGGAGUCGGGGAACAAUACCAGGACCAUACUUCGAUUCUGUCGAUUUUCCGGGCGUCGAACGAGUCUGUCACAGCCGAUGAUGUCAUGAGAGGUGACGAGGCGGCUCAGGAGAAGCUUUUUACUCAAUGGGAAACUACUCCUGAAGGAGCCGUCCUUUCUGGAAACGGCCUUGAUGCUGGCUUCAAAAUUCGUCCAACUGAGGAAGAAGUGAAGGAAAUGGGCCCUGAAUUUAACGAACGCUGGAACCAGUACUUCAGGGACAAGCCUGACAAACCGGUUAUGUUCGGAGCAAUCACUGCGGGAGCUUAUGCCGACCACUCUAUGAUACCGCCUGGAAAAUAUUUUACGAUAUUCCAGUACCUGGAAUACCCUGCUAGUCGUGGAAAGAUCCAUAUCCAAUCGACGAACCCAUACGAGGAACCAUUCUUCGACAGCGGAUUCAUGAACAACAAGGCCGACUUUGCUCCAAUGCGCUGGAGUUACAAGAAGGCUCGUGAGGUUGCAAGGAGGAUGGAUGCGUUCCGCGGUGAACUCGCGUCACACCACCCUCACUUCCAUCCGGCUUCACCAGCUGCGGCUAGGGACAUCGACAUCAAGACUGCGAAGCAGCUUCUUCCGAAAUCGUUGUCGGUCGGCAUUCGACAUGGAACGUGGCACCGAGCAUCUGAACCGUAUGACCCGACGAAGGUGCAUGAAGAUAUUAAGUAUACAGCAGAGGAUGACAAGGCUAUCGAUGACUGGAUUGCCGAUCACACCGAGACAACAUGGCACUCCCUCGGAACUUGCGCAAUGAAGCCGCGUGAACAAGGCGGUGUCGUCGACAAGCGCUUGAACGUCUAUGGUACUCAGAACUUGAAGUGUUGUGACUUGAGUAUCUGCCCGGAUAAUGUAGGAACGAACACGUACUCCACUGCCUUGCUCAUUGGUGAGAAAGGUGCUGACCUCAUCGCUGAAGAACUCGGCCUCAAGCUCAGGUUGCCACAUGCCCCGAUUCCUCACUCGCCCGUCCCUUCUGGUAGACCCGAAGCGGUCGCGUUGCGCUUGAGCUAA